AUGGGGCUGUUCAAGCACAAAAGACAGCAUGCACCCGAUCCAAUAGGCAUUGGGAACUAUAAGAGACGCAAGCUGAUAGAAGAUUUUGCGAAUCUCUCUUUGGAUGCUAAUUCUCCUACUACUCCAUCUUCAAAUGACGUAGCUGUUACAAAAAUCGUACCAAGUCGUGUUGAUCUUCCUAAAUCUGUUAGGGAUAGGCUUCUCAUGUUUCAGGAUUCAGAAGAAGAAGAAUCAUACUUGGAUAAUGGGAUACUCAUUUCCAAGAUAGCGGAAUGGAUUAAGAUGGAGGCUUCACAGAUGGUGAAAUGGGUUGAUUGGAGACAGAUGAUCUAUUUUACUUGGCUGAGAUGGUAUCAGUCUACUUUUCUCCCGAAAAAUCAUUUUGAUGUCGAAGGUGACUACGAUGUCGAUUUUUUACAGUAUGACAGGUUAUCAACUACUGAUAAUGACAAGGAAUAUGAUGAUAUGGAUAUUGACAUGCAGGGAUAA